UUUUUUUUUACCACUCACUUUACCCUUCUAAGUAAGGGUCCGGCCCGGAAAUUUUUUAUCCUUCUUCUCCAGUAUUGCAGCAUAUACUAUUUUUUUUUUGUUAAAACUAAAAUCAUUACAAAGAUUAAAGGUUUUUCCCCCCUUUUUUUUCUCUAAUAAUUAUCUAAAAUGGGUAAAGUUCACGGUUCCCUUGCUCGUGCCGGUAAGGUCAAGUCUCAAACCCCUAAGGUUGCUAAGCAAGAAAAGAAGAAGGCCAAGACUGGUCGUGCUAAGAAGAGACAAGUUUACAACCGUCGUUUCGUCAACGUCACCACUCAAGUUGGUGGUAAGCGUAGAAUGAACCCUGCUCCUACUGCUGGUCCUUAAGCAACAUCAACUAACAAUAACAAUAACAACAACACCAUGAUUACAACUUGAUGUUUUUAUAACUUUGUUUUGUUUUCAUUAUUAUGAUUACUUGUAGAAUGGAUUAAAACAAAAAAUAAAUAAUAAUAAUAAUAAAAAAAAAUAAUAAUUCAAAAAAGUUUGAAUGGAUUACGAGAGCAAUGAUUAUCAAAUGACAUGGCAUAAAUG